GGAGGCGGAAGUUGCAUCCAGAGCAUCGAGGAGAACUGGUGGAGCGACGUAACUGACAACAGUAAACGGAAAGAAGUCAUGUCGUUCCUCUGCAGAAGAGCCGCGUUGCUCUUGAAGCCACGCAGCACGUUAGCGCCGGCUGCAUUGUCCGCCGCCCGCUUCUGCAGCUCCGGUGGUCAAUAUGAGUAUAUUUUGGUGGAAAAGCGAGGUGAGAAGAAGGAUGUCGGUCUCAUCCAGCUGAACCGACCUAAGGCUCUUAACGCUCUGUGUGGCGGGCUUAUGAAGGAGGUCGGACUGGCGCUAGAUUCAUUUGAAGCCGACAGCGACAUUGGAGCUGUUGUUAUCACCGGCAGUGAGCGAGCCUUUGCUGCGGGAGCCGACAUUAAAGAGAUGCAGAAUCUAACCUUCCAAGAGUGUUUUAGUGGAAACUUCCUGGCUCAUUGGAACAGGGUAUCCACAGUAAAGAAACCUAUAAUUGCAGCUGUCAAUGGAUUUGCUCUGGGUGGAGGCUGUGAGCUCGCCAUGAUGUGCGACAUUAUCUACGCAGGAGAGAAAGCACAGUUUGGUCAACCUGAGAUCCUGUUGGGGACCAUUCCAGGAGUGGGUGGCACCCAACGCCUGACUCGUGCGGUGGGCAAGUCCCUGGCUAUGGAAAUGGUUCUAACAGGAGACAGAAUUAAUGCUCAAGAAGCAAAACAGUCAGGUUUAGUGAGUAAAAUCUAUCCCGUGGACCAGCUCGUGGCUGAAGCUGUGAAAUGUGGAGAAAAAGUGGCCGCCAACUCCAAACUGGUCUCUGCUAUGGCUAAAGAGGCUGUAAAUGCAGCUUUUGAGCUGACUUUGGCUGAGGGCAAUCGUAUGGAAAAGCGCUUGUUCCACGCUACCUUUGCUACGGAGGAUCGCAAAGAAGGCAUGUCGGCGUUUGUGGAGAAGAGAAAGGCAAACUUCCAGGACAAAUAGGAAAGUCCCCCGAUCUAGAGCUCAGCCAGCAAGACACAGUUCCUGAGACCGAUGGAUUAUUUCCUUAUCCACAUUAAUACGAGUGACACAAAUAAAACCCCGAUUGUUGUUGAACAUGUAAGCUGUUCAAAAAAGAUUCUGGCAGUGAGUGACUUGUCAUUGUGAGUGCAUCUCUGCCUGCUCAGGCUCAGUAUGUGGAUCAUAUCAGUGUGCCAGUGUGGGUACACUAUAACUGUGUUGUAGCAGGUGUGUAAUUUGGACUGUCGAAUGUUUGUCUACAUUUUGUAGGCAGCUUGAUUUAUCUGUGUAACUUUACAAUUAAAGCUCUGGUUUAACAUGGAUUCACACAUUUACUUCAAUAAACCAACUAUUGACACUA